AUGACACACAAUAAUUCUCAUAAUUAUUCGCAAAUCAUAACUAUUAACGAAUAUUGGAGAUGGUUAAAAGAAAGUUUUAUAAUGAAUCUUGCCGUUGGAAAUUGGUAUAAUGGACAACCAAUUAAUGAUUCCAAAGGAUUUCUUAAUGAUAAAACAAAUCGAUUAAUUGGAUGGGCAACAAUGAGACAAUUAAGAAUUAAACCAGAUACUUGCCGAAUAAAAUCGUCUAUUCGAGGUUUGAUAAAGCACUGUUACGAUGACUAUGGUGCAUCGAUUGAAGAAAAAGGCUCAUUUUCACCUGGAUGGACUACAAAUACAACACAAAAUUAUAGUACAUUAAUAAAUCGAGCAUUUAUUUAUCAAACAAGUAAACAACUUGAUACAUAUAUUUAUAUAGGAGAUCAUGGUACAUAUAGAAGUGGUGGUUAUGUAUAUGAAUUUCGUGGUUCAUUAUCUGAAAUGUCUGAUGAUCUUAUUGAACUUCAUCAAUUAGAAUGGAUUGAUAAACAAACAAGAGCUGUUAUUAUUCAAAUGAAUUUAUAUAAUCCAAGUAUACGAAUAUUUACAUCCGCAGUUAUGAUUAUUGAAAUAUUAUCCAGUAGUGGUAUUUUUUUUAGUGCACGCUUUGAUCCAUUAAGUGUUGAUGCUUUUACAUCUAUUUUUCAAAUAGCUUGUGCUUUUAUUUAUUUAACAUUUAUUCUUUACUUCAUGUUCAUAGAAGUCCGAUCAUUUAUUCGUCUUAAAAAAUUAUAUUUUUGUCAAGUAUGGUCAUACGUUGAAGUUGGUAUUAUUGCUUGUUCAUGGACAAAUGUUGGUAUACAUAUAUGGCGAGUAAAUGAAGCAAAACGCAUAACACGUUUGUUUCGUGAAACAAAUGGUGAUGUUUAUUUAAAUUUUCAAUUACUAGCAUAUAUAAAUGAUAUAUUUUCCUUUUUACUUGGUUUUUGUUGUUUUUUUGGUACAUUGAAACUUUUACGUUUAUGCCGUUAUAAUCGACGUUUAGCACUUUUAUCUAAUACAUUAGGACGUUCAGCUCGAGAAUUAAUAUCAUUCUCAUUUAUGUUUUCAAUUAUAUUUAUGGCAUUUGUUGCAUUAUUUUAUUUACAAUUUCUUUCAUUCAUUUGGGAAUGUUCAAGUUUAUUAAGUACGGCACAAAUGUUAUUUGAAAUGCUAUUAUUAAAAUUUGAUACAACUGAAAUUACACAAGCAGCACCAUUUUUAGGUCCAAUUUAUUUUACAUUGUUUAUUUUAUUUGUCGUUUUUAUUUGUAUUAAUAUGUUUGUAUCAAUAAUUAAUGAUAAUUUUCGAGCUGUUCGAGAUUAUGUUCAUACAGUUGAUCAUGAUAAUGAAGAUGUAUUUAUUAAUUUUUUUAAAAUACUUCAACGAUGGUGUGGAAAUCACGAAGAAAGUGUAAAUACAGUGACAUUUAAUACAAAAACAAAUGUAAUUAUGAUUUCUGAAAUGAUUGAUCCAGUUAAACGUUUAUCAUAUAAACUUGAUGAACUUAUUGUUUAUACUGAUCGACGCUACGGAGAGAAAACGGUUCGAAUAGCAUGGAAUGAAACAACAGUUUCAACAUUAAAUUGGUCAAUGAAAUAA